AUGCUAUCGACGCAAGAAUGGAUGCAAUUGUAUAAGAUCUCUGCCAUUCCUGGCUCGCGCACCGUUGAACAGUCACAGCAGACAUACAAAAUUGACGGAGAUGGUCACCACGGCUUCUUAUGUCUAGAGGAGAACGGUCGCUCCUAUUCAACUUGGAUGGGUGCUGGUACAACGUUGGGGGAUAAUCUCUUCCCAGAUGACGAGCGAGAGCGGGAACUGCAAGGUAUAUUCCUUUACCCAAAUGAGACUAUCGAAUGA